AUGCCUGAAGGAACUUGGAUUCUGGGUGAUCUCUUCACAAAGGAGUACGGUCACCGCGGCAGCAUCCAGAAACUAUGGGAACAACGUUGGAAAUUUCCCUGCACCAAAGGUGUCUAUCCAUUCCACGACGGAAAGUUUGAAGAUUUUGAGCCCAUUUUCAAGCACCUCAUCGACAACAACAUCAACGAUCCUUAUGAAGAUGCAUACACCAACGCCUUUCUACCCACCGCCCAAAGACUAGCCCAAGAAGCCCAAGACAUGGAAACCAAAGACAAAGAAUCCGCGAAAAAGUUAUACCUCAAUGCAAACGCCGUCUACAGACUCUCGCGCUUCCCCUACAUCGGCACCGACCUUAAAAAACGCGUCUUCGAAGAGCAAAAAAAAGUCUACCUCCGCGGCACCCAACUCUGGGACGAACCCAUGCACGACAUCCUUAUCCCGCACACGCACGCCUCCAACGGCGACGGACCCUCGAUCCCCAUUUACGUCCGCAAACCCUCCGGCGACGGCCCCUUCCCCACCAUCCUCCUCAUAACCGGACUCGACGGCCACCGCCCCGACAACACCGAACGCACACAAGAACACCUAAACCGCGGCUGGGCCACCGUCCUGUGCGACAUCCCCGGCACAACCGUCGAUUGCCCCGCCAACAGACGCGACCCUUUAUCCCCUGACCGCCUCUUUAGCAGUAUCCUGGAUUGGAUCGACGCAACCCCUUAUCUCGAUGCUGCAAAAGUUAUGGCGUGGGGACUAAGUGCGGGUGGUUACUAUGCCAUCAGGCUUGCGCAUACGCAUCGUACGAGGUUGGUGGGCAGCGUGGGACAUGGCGCUGGAACACAUCAUUAUAUCGGUCGCGAGUGGCUGGCGCAAGUGGAGAAGCAUGAGUACCCUUUUGGUCUCGAAGAGGCGUAUCGUCAGAAAUACGGGUAUGACUCGUUUGAGGAGGUUAUGGAGAAGUGUCAGGAUGAGUUUAGUCUGGUGAGUGGCAAGGGGGAGGGUGUGGCGGUUGUGGGGGCUGGGAUGAGCAGUUGUAGGUUGUUGCUGGUGAAUGGGGUGCUUGAUGGGUGUAUGCCGGUCGAGGAUAGUAUGUUGCUGGCCGAGUAUGGGAGUCCAAAGGAAAUGAGAUUUUUAAGGGAGAGGCUGCAUAUGGGGUAUCCCGAGGCGAAUGCUACGGUUUAUCCGUGGAUGGAGGGGGUUAUGGGGGGUUAG